AUGCUAGCAAAUUUGGUCCAGCUGGCCGACAAAGUAGCGAAAGCAGCAGAGAAGGCAAUCCCGUUCAAACAAGAAUGUGGGGAUAUCAGAUCCAAAGUGGAGAAACUCUCCGAUCUUCUACGGCAGGCAGCGAUGAUCACCUACGAACUGUAUGAGCCUCCGACUCGGCAUAUCUUCUGGGACACACUAAAUAUACUUAACAAGGCUCUUUCCUUGCUUCUCAAGAAGCGCAUAUUCAUCAUCAUCCCCGUCUCCGCUUUUAGCAAAACUUCCACCAAACUUCAAAAUUCCAUUGGCAACUUUUCCUGGCUCUUCCGUAUCUCCUCCCUCCACGACGAUAACCAGUAUAUCGGCCUUCCUCCCAUAGCCGCAAAUACUGGCAUGAUUUACCACAUUUGGGAACAGAUGGCCAUCCUCCGUACCGGCUCCCCGAAGGAUCGUUCGGACGCCGCCGCUUCACUUAUGUCACUAGCAGACGACAUCAACUUUUACACAUGUAUAAUCAUCCUGGAAGGAGGGGUGGUUCCCAUUUUGAAGUUGAUGAAAGAAGGGAACACAAAAGAAGGAAAACAAACUGCUGCAAGAGCCAUUGCUCUUUUCGUUUCUGACAUAGCAGCGGACAAGCAAGUUGUCUCCUUCAUUUGCGAACAAAUUUCCAUCCUUCAUACUGACUCGUUGGAGGAUCGUUCUGAUGCAGCCGCAUCCCUCGUAUUUCUAGCAAAUGAAAGCGACCGUUAUGGGGAGAUGAUCAUCGAAGAAGGAGGAGUAGGGCCCCUUUUGAAAUUGAUGAAGGAAGAAGGGAACUAUCAAGGCAGAGAGAAUGCUGCAAAAGCCAUUCGUAUACUCAAACCCAUCAACUCUGCCAUUAUACUCAACACAAACGCAACCAUCGGCACACAGGAGGAUUUAAGUCUAUGUACAAACAUACGCACUCCGGUCCAUUUCAUAAGAGAGAAACGAAUCAAUAAACAUAAUGUAUUUGGGAAACUUUAUGAAUCAAAUCAAAUAUCUGAAAUUGUAUAG